UAACCACAGAAACCCAAAGGUCCUUCUCUAACUAACGCACUGCGCUCCCCCUGCUCUCCCAGUCUCUGUGUCCUCUCAUGUUGGGAGAGUCGUGUGUGGAGCCAUGGAGCACAGCAGCAAUCGCCCCGAGGACUUCCCACUUAAUGUGUUCUCUGUCACGCCUUACACGCCCAGCACCGCCGACAUGCAGGUGUCCGAUGAUGACAAGGCAGGGGCCACGCUGCUCUUCUCGGGCAUCUUUCUAGGACUGGUGGGGAUCACGUUCACUGUCAUGGGCUGGAUCAAGUACCAGGGUGUCUCCCACUUUGAAUGGACCCAGCUCCUCGGGCCCAUCCUCCUGUCCGUCGGCGUAACGUUCAUCCUGAUCGCUGUGUGCAAGUUCAAAAUGCUAUCCUGCCAGCUAUGCACGGAGAGCGAGGAGAGGGUCCUGGACUCGGACCCGACUUCCGGAGGACAGUCGUUCGUGUUCACUGGCAUUAAUCAGCCCAUCACCUUCCACGGGGCCACCGUGGUGCAGUACAUCCCUCCUCCUUACAGCUCUCAGGAGCCUCUGGGGAUGAACGCCGCCUUCCUUCAGCCCAUGAUUAACCCUUGCGGCCUCGGCCUUGUACCUUCUAGCGGAGCGGCGGCCACCAUCCCAAGUCCCCCUCAGUACUAUACCAUCUACCCUCAAGACAAUGCUGCAUUUGUGGAGAACGAGGGCUACCCUCCUUUCGUGGGUGUUGGAAAUGACAGGCCCAGCUCUGAUCCUGACCAGCUAGAAGGGACGCAGACGGAAGAAGAGGACUGUGUACGUUUCUCUCCUCCCCCCUAUGAGGAGAUAUACGCCCUCCCUCGCUAGAGACUCUAACAUUAGGGCACGGACAUUUAAGUCAUUGUGUUGUGGUAUUUGGAGAGAUGUGUGUCGUGAUCUUCAGACGUUAGAUGCCAAAGCCGCUCAGGCAACCUUACAGAUGACAUUUAAGGUAGGAAAGGAGUGGGGGUGGGGAUGUGAAAUGUUUCAAGGCUGUUAAAUUAAGCUGCCCUGGGUAAGUUCACAAGUACUACAGGUUUGAAUCCUCUCAGCUGAGAAAUUCUCCGCUUUUGGAGGCAUCACUUAGGGCUAGAAUGAUAUGUAGUGUGCUCUGUGCCUUGGGUUUGAUCUUCAGUGCCAGAAAAAUGAAACCAAAACACAAACCAAGUAUAAUCCCUCUACGUAAGGUUCAGGAGGAAAAUGUCACCUCUCUCCCCACCCCCUACUCUGCCCAUUUCCAGGCAUUAGUGCCUGAGGAGUUUUAACUCCACUGGCCAGGGCAUCUUUCAGAGAGAUGGAAGCGGGGCGGGAAGGAAGCAGGAAGAGAAAGUCGGCCCAAUCAGAUUUCCCUGCACCCUGGCCUUCCAAAGCAGACUUCCUUAUCCCCCAACAACCUGGUUGCUCUCUGGUCUCCCUUGAAGCCUUUGGAUCUGGAAGAGUCUGUAAAAGAAGUAAAGCUGGAAACCCAUUAACAAAUAAAUGAAUAAAUAGAGCGGAAUAAAA